AUGGGAAAAUUUGUUGUCUUGCCGUUCAUUGCCGGCAUCUUAUUUGUUGUGAGUAUUGGUCUUACCAUUGCUUCUCUGCCCAUCUCUUGGGCAAAAGCAAAUGUUCAAACAACGAAGCAACAAUACCAAUUUUAUCUGUUACAUUGGACGAAUGACGGUUGUUUUGCUUUGGACGACAAUGGAAAUGAAACGACUUCUCUGAGACAUUUUGGGUAUGCGGACACAUACGAAUUUGAAAAAUUAAAAGCGUCUGGGAUAGUUGCGAUGGUUCUUCUUAUAGUAUCCAUUGUCAUCACUGCUUUCACGUGCCUCUACUACUUGCUCCACGCUUGUGCUCCAACUCAAAAGUGCUUGAAAGCUAUGAAAUUGAAUGUUGGAAGACGUACUUGGAUCUUACUGAUAUUCAGUAUUAUAGGACUUGCUAUUAAUAUUGUCGGGAUGAUCUUGUGGCUCGCUCUCUUCUUUGCAAAUAACAUUUCCGAGUGGCUUGCACAAUCCUCCCCCAACCCUUAUGUAGGAUUUUGGCUCGAACUGUCCUCUAUUGUUGUUAUGGCGGCUGGUAUUUUCGUCGCUAUGUUCUGGAAACACAGUUAA